AUUCAUCCAGAUAGAGUUCCACGUACGACGUAGCAGUGAUCCAUUCCCACGUACGUUCCAGAAGAAUCUGCAGCAGGGAGGGACGAGCAGCUAGCUAGCCAUCCAUCCAAAUGGGCCGUUGGUUGAAGCCAGAUGUGUACCCGCUGAUCGCGGCCAUGUCGUUCGUGACGGGGAUGUGCGUGUUCCAGCUGGCCCGGAACGUGCUGAUGAACCCGGACGUGCGGGUGAGCAAGACCAGCCGGCAGAGCGCCGUGCUGGACAACGCCGGCGAGGGCCAGCGCUACAGCCAGCACGCCUUCCGCCGCUUCCUCGCCACGCAGCGCCCGGAGGUCUUCCCCGCCCUCAACAGCUUCUUCUCCGACUCCAAUAAUAAUAACACCCCCGCCGACAAGUGAUAAAUUCAUCUCAUCGACGGUCUGGUCUUAAUUACUCUUACGCCGCCGGCCGGCGACGACGGCGCGCGCGUGUCUGUAAUCAUGCCACAUAUAUAUAGUGUACAUGUGCCGGUCGAAUAAAAGUUGAGUCUCUUUUAGUCCUUCCAUACGACAGGCCGGGAUCGGGUCUGGACUGGAGCUCGUGAACUACCUGCACACGGCCCCGCUGGUGGUGCUGGGGGCGACCGGCGACGCUCGUGACCUACCUGCACAUGAUCCUUUCAUAAAGACCACGAUCUGACUGAA